UGUGCCAUUUGAUGAGGCCAUUUUAGUAAUUUUCCUUCUAUCACUAGAAAUUCAAUGAUAACUCCAGAACGCGGGACUAGUGAAUAAGAAAAACUAGAAACAAUUAAAAAGGAGAAGAGUUGUCGCUGCUGCUGCUGUUGCCACUGGAGAUUUCUUUCCUGGCGUUUACUCGUAACUCAGAGGAGUUUACUGGUCGAAUAGGAGAACGAUUCAAUGGUGUGUUUGUAACCUCUUAUACGUAUGCUGGGAGUUGAUACUGUGAAUUGAAUUGUUGGCUUCUAGCAGUAAAAGUUUUGUGCCUUUAAAGAUGGAAGCACUAAAUCCUCAACAUGGGCAAGUUAUUGAAAUAAGUGUUGAUGUUCCUGAUGGAAGGAACAGUCUUGCUGGUGGUAAGAUAUGUGGGGAUGCGCCUUGUGGAUUCUCAGAUGCUGGAGCUGCCUCCAAGGAUGCCGAAGAACGAUCAGCCUCCAUGCGCAAGCUCUUGAUGGCAGUGGCACUUUGUGUGGUCUUCAUGAGUGUUGAAGUAGUUGGUGGCAUAAAAGCCCACAGUCUUGCAAUAUUGACUGACGCUGCACAUUUGCUUUCAGAUGUUGCAGCCUUUGCUAUCUCGUUAUUCUCUUUGUGGGCAGCUGGCUGGGAAGCCACACCUCGUCAGUCCUAUGGAUUUUUUAGGGUAGAGAUUCUCGGAGCUCUGGUUUCCAUACAACUCAUAUGGUUGCUUGCUGGGAUUUUGGUGUAUGAAGCCAUUAUUAGACUCGUUCAUGAUACAGGCAAUGUAAAUGGCUUUCUAAUGUUUAUAGUUGCUGCAUUUGGCCUUGUGGUGAAUAUCAUCAUGGCUUUUCUGUUGGGUCAUGAUCAUGGGCAUGGCCAUGAUGAUCACAAUCAUGGGAUUGGACACAGCCAUGGAAAGAAAAUUACCACUCAUCAUUACCAUCACCACCACCACGAUGCCCAUCACCAUGAGGAGCACUCAAGAGAUGAGCACCAUUAUCAUGAGGAGCACUCAAAAGAUGAGCACUAUCCUGCUUCUGAAGAAAAUUCUGAGCCAUUGCUGGAAAAAGAAAAAGGCAAGCCAGGAAAAAAGAAAUGGAACAUAAAUGUACAAGGAGCUUACCUUCAUGUACUUGGGGAUUCCAUCCAGAGUAUCGGGGUAAUGAUUGGAGGUGGAAUCAUAUGGUAUAAGCCUGAGUGGAAGAUAGUUGACCUGAUCUGCACCCUCAGUUUUUCAGUUGUUGUUUUGGGUACGACCAUUAGAAUGCUGCGAAAUAUACUCGAAGUCUUGAUGGAGAGUACUCCAAGAGAGAUAGAUGCAACAAAGUUAGAGAAGGGACUGUUAGAGAUGGAUGAAGUGGUGGCCAUUCACGAGCUGCAUAUCUGGGCCAUCACAGUGGGCAAGGUCCUUUUGGCUUGUCAUGUUAAAAUCAGACCAGAAGCAAAUGCGGACAUGGUUCUGGACAAAGUGAUUGACUACAUCAGAAGGGAGUACAAUAUAAGUCAUGUUACCAUCCAGAUAGAGCGUUAGUGGAGGCAAUGGGUUGUCUCGUAUUGGGGCCUCUUGUUUCUUAAACGUACAAUUCUUCUGUUAUGUGGGUGCAUAUAAUCUUUGGUUUGAUAGCUCGCAGGUGUUGAGCUUUUGAAGUUGAUAUGUGAGCAGCAGAUAGGAAAAUGUUUUCAUUACUUUGAAUGGGUGCUGCUUUUUUAUCAAUAUCUUAAAUUUUGCUAUUAAAAUGUCUCUCCAUUGAGUGUUUUGAAAUCCUUGCUUUUGCUUAUCCUUGAGAAGUUGAGGAAUAGAUGCGUACGUUAUAUUUUCCUCUAGGAAGAAGCUAUUUCUGUCAUGCUUGGAAAUUGCUACAUCUUCACCAAGCCCUUGCCACUGGGAUUUGGGGUCUGCCAUUAAUAAUCAAGUGUCACGGAUCGGUGGAAACUAGAGCUGGGGGCAUGAUGUUGGGAAGUGGGGGCACUUGUCAUCCAAUGAAGCAAGACAGACUUGUUGCUCACCAUGGGUUCGACCUUUUACCAUGAAAUGAUGUGUAUAACUCUUCAGUAAAUUAACCCGCCACUGCGGUUGAUGGUAGGGAAGAUUCUGAGGUGAGGAUAAGGUUUUAAGGGGCCAUUGGGUUAACGGUUGCACUAUCACUGAUGUUUUUAUUUAGGUGGGCUACAUACAAUUUCACCAGUCAGCUACAGGACAAUUUCAAAUACUUGCAGUUUUCUUCAGAGAAUGCCUGUGGUUGUGGCAAAAGGUGUGCCAUAGUUUUGUGGGGGAAAGAUAGAUGGCACAGUUUCAAGAUGGAUAAGAUUCUUAAAUACUGUCAAAUUAAAUUUGGUGUUUUUCAAGCAGGAGAACAUUUUUUUUCUUAUCGCAUUGCCAUUGUCCUUUCUGUAAAUUUCAAGUUCCAUGCUCGUUUCUUCCA